UCAAAACAAGGCCGCCGAUUUUGGUCAGCAACGCGUAAUCAUAAUCAGGAAAAUUCCUUCUCUUCUUCCCGCCGCUUGCUUUUCUUCUUCUAAUGAGAUUCAUAAUCUGAGAGAGGAAGUGAUUUCGUGUUAGAGCUUGUGAGUUUGAUCUCUGGCUUGUCAAUGGCGAAGAAGAACAGUAAUUCCAAGAAGCAAUGUUACAUUUCAGUUCCAUCUCAAAUCAUAAACUCUUUAUCUUCUUCUUCUCUUCAAUCCCUUCUUGAUUCGCCUAAGAAAUCUUCUAAACAUUACGACAAGUAUCUCAGUCUUUUCACUUACAGAGCCUCGAAGAAGCUAUGGCUUCUGGCUAUUUUUCUCUUUGGUUUUUUGGGGAUGCUUAAGCUUACUUUUAAUCUCGAUCCUUUAUUCGCUUAUGUUUCGUACCCUUGCUUCAUGUCGCAAUCGCAAUCGCAGGGUUUAGUCUCUAAUGGGGCUUUGAAAUCGGGUGUAAUGGAUCGAGAAAGAGAAAAUGCUCUGAAGGAUGAGAGUAUGAACGAUUCUAUCCAAUCGCUUCGGCCGAUUUCAAAUGGGGUUUUGAAGUCGGAUGAGGGUUUUGGAGAUGGAAAUGAACAGCAGGAGUUCUGGAAACAGCCUGAUGGAUUGGGCUACAAACCGUGUUUGGAUUUCAGCCAAGAAUAUAAAAAAACAACCACUGGAGUUAUUAGUGAGAGGACUAAGUAUCUGAUGGUGGUAGUUUCUGGUGGGAUGAAUCAACAGAGAAAUCAGAUCGUUGACGCUGUUGUGAUUGCUAGAAUCCUCGGGGCUGCUCUGGUUGUUCCAAUCUUUCAAGUGAACGUCAUCUGGGGAGAUGAAAGUGAGUUCUCUGAUAUAUUUGAUUUGGAGCAUUUCAAGAAUGUCCUGGCAGAUGAUGUUCAUAUAGUUUCAUCGCUGCCAUCGACACAUCUGAUGACUCGUCCCGUGGAGGAAAAAUCGACUCCGCAUCACGUCUCACCCAGUUGGAUUCGGUCGCGUUACCUCAGGAAGCUAAGACGAGAAGGGGUACUGCUGCUGCGUGGCUUGGACUCGAGGCUUUCUAAGGAUCUUCCUUCUGAUCUUCAAAAGCUCAGAUGCAAGGUUGCUUUUCAUGCUUUGAGGUUCGCUCCACCAAUUGUGGAACUCGGUAACAAGCUUACGGAGAGAAUGCGAAGCAAAGGACCGUACCUCGCUCUUCAUUUACGAAUGGAGAAGGAUGUAUGGGUGAGAACCGGUUGUCUACCUGGGUUGAGUCCGGAAUAUGAUGAGAUGAUAAACAACGAAAGAAUACGAAGACCCGAACUCUUAACUGCUAGAUCAAACAUGAGCUACCAUGAUAGAAAACUUGCAGGCCUUUGUCCCCUGAAUGCCUAUGAGGUUAUGAGGUUACUAAAAGCGCUCGGAGCACCGGGGGAUACGAGAAUAUAUUGGGCCGGAGGGCAACCGCUAGGAGGAAAAGAAGCCCUGCAACCAUUAAUAAGGGAGUUCCCAAACUUUUACAACAAGGAAGAUCUUGCUUUGGCGAGCGAACUCGAACCUUUUACGAAAAAAGCUUCGUUUAUGGCUGCUAUUGACUAUAUUGUUUGUGAGAGCAGCGACGUUUUCAUGCCUUCUCACGGAGGAAAUAUGGGCCAUGCCAUUCAGGGACACAGGGCUUAUGCUGGGCACAAGAAGUACAUAACACCAAACAAAAGGCACAUGCUUCCCUUUUUCUUGGAUUCCUCACUCCCUGAAGCAGAGUUUAACAAGAUCAUCAAGGUGCUGCAUCAGGACUCCCUUGGACAGCCCGAACUUCGAACGAGCAAAGUCGGCCGAGACGUUACCAAGUACCCUAUUCCUGAAUGUAUGUGCAACAGCAGCUCUGAUGCUCAUACCAAAUAAGUCAACAGCUCAUCACUGGUACUACCAACAUAGCGAAAAGCCUCGAACAAUCAGAGUUUAAGUCCACAAAGCCUCGGAAAUCCCGGGUUGAUUGUUGGUGUCGUCUCGGGGCAACAAAGUACUGGAGGAAGAACAUUUUGGUGCAGGAAGCAAUCAGAUAAAAUAUGCAGUUGUGAACCGAAGAAUGCAGGCCAGGUUAUAUGUAAAUGAGUGAGAGAAAGAUGGCUAUAUUAUAAGAGAAGUAGAAGGAAUAGCAUAACACUGUAUAAUUCUUUGAUUCUUUACAGAAUAAGUUAUUUUAUUGUAAACACCAAUUUUUAUUGUAUGAAAUGAUUCGUUAUUGUAAUAACACUUUGUCAAUACUUUUUAAAA